GAGAAUGUGGUCCAAGAGCCUGUUCGGCUCUCCUGGGCCCCCCCACAAGACGUUCCAGUUUGGGACAUAAGCAACUGUUUUCUUCAAGAUGGACAGAUCUUUAUCCCACGCGAGGAGGAGCCUUUGAUGAGGGUACGGAACCGGGCCAGCAGUUGUCUCUCCAGCGUCAGUCUCCAGAACAUCAGUGGAAGUCACACUGAGCUAAAUCCAGAUCCUGUGGUUCCCCAAAGUGGUACCAAAAUAAAAGGGCAAGAUGGAGGUGUCAAAAACUUAAUCAAGCGCCGCUUACAGGGUGAUGAUAAACGGAAAAGCAGCACACAGAUCAAUACUGCAGGACUAAGUGGUGCUGGAAGGUACGGUUCCAGAGAAUCUUUAUCCAUUCCAGUCAGUGCUGCAAAAAGCCUGGAUCUGAAUGCAGACCAGACCACCGUCAUCAGGCCAGUCCACAGCUCUAUUCUAGGGGAAAAGUACUGUUUUCAGGUCAUAAACUCAGAGAAUAACCACUGCUUUGGGUGCAGUUCAGCUGCAGAAAGAGACCGCUGGAUUGAAGACUUGCGUCGUACUGCACAUCCAAAUAAGGACAACUGUGAGCGUACUGAGAACUCCCUGAGCCUUUGGGUUAAUGAAGCAAAAGACCUUCCCCCAAAGAAGCGAUAUUAUUGUGAGGUCCACCUUGAUGGUACACUGUUUGCUCGUACCAGUAGCCGGGUCGUGGGGAAGUCCGUCCAACGCUCCAGUCAAGCAGUUGACGGAGGAUCCGGUGCAGCUGGUACAGGCCAUGGUGGUGGUGUUGCAGGAGGUUGCCAGAUAUUCUGGGGCGAAUUUUUUGAACUUGACAACUUGCCCCCUGUCACCCAGAUCACCCUGCACCUCUUUAGAGAAGAAGACUCCAAGAAGAAGCGCCAUUCCAAGGAUGACUCUAUGCUGCAUCCUCUAGGAAGUGUGGCUCUUGCUCUAGCAGACAUAAAAGGACGGGCCUUUCAAGAGAAGUGGUACCCCAUCGUUCCCUACAAGCCCCCAGGAACAAGUACAGCAAAGGACCAACUUGGACUUCAGGCUUCACUUCGAGUCAAGGCCAAAUUUAAGAACCUGAAAAUUCUGCCUAUUGAGAGGUACAAGGAAUUUGCUGAGUAUGUCACGGUGGAUUAUGUGGGUAUGUGCAGCAGCCUGGAACCUCUUCUUAAUGUACGGGAGAAAGAAGAACUGGCAGGAGCACUUGUUCAUGUGCUCCAGAGCAUUGGGAAAGCUAAGGAGUUCUUGAUUGAUCUUGGUAGUGCAGAAGUUCAGCGCUUGGGAGAAAAUGAGGCUUUGAUUUUCAGAGAGAAUACACUGGCCACAAAGGCUAUUGAUGAAUAUAUGAAAUUGGUGGGCCAGAAGUAUCUCAUAGACACACUUGGCGACUUUAUAUCCAGACUGUAUAGUGGAGGGGAGAGCUGCGAGGUAGACCCACAAAAAUGCUCUUCCUCUGAUCUACCAAUCAACCAGAGACAUCUAAAGGAGACAUGUGGGGAUGUUGUAAAGAGAAUCACUGACAUGCAUGACUCAUUCCCUGCAGAGCUGAAUGACAUUUUUUCCAGUUGGGUAUCAGAUUGUGAGGAUCGAGGUCUAACGGACAUCGGACACCGUCUCAUAUCAGCAUCUCUGUUUCUUCGAUUCUUAUGCCCAGCAAUCCUCAGUCCAUCACUCUUCGGCCUCACCCAACCCUAUCCAGAGACAAACACCCUUCGCACUCUCACUUUGACAGCCAAGGUCAUUCAAAACCUUGCAAACUGCACCUUGUUUGGCGAAAAGGAAGAAUACAUGUUUUUUAUGAAUGAGUUUCUAGAACAACACUGGGAGCCUAUGCGAGGAUUCUUACAGAAAGUAUCUGAUCCAGACAGUGAAAUGGCCAUGGCUCGAUUUGAUGGCUAUGUAGACCUGCCCCUUCGUCUAGCGGUCCUUCACAACCUCCUGGUGGAUAUUAUCUCUGUAAUGAAACAGGACCAAAUAGACAACCUACAACCCUUGCCUUCAAUCCUGAACCAGAUCACAGAAUUCCUUGAUCAUGAUGCUCAACGGAUCCCUUUUAGCAGCAGUCAUGGAACACCAAAGCCUAUAUACUUACCUCCAAGGGAUCUCCCCAAGUACAGUCCAUUGCAAAACUCCAUGCAGCAGCUUCCUGUAGACUCAAAAUUCAACCAAGGCAAAGAGCGUCAGCGGAAGCAGGUGCAGCGGGCUUUCAGUGUCCCCAACAGACCAUCCCGGCAGCUCAGGCAAACAGUUAAGCGGCAAGCAAGCAAUGAAGAGCUACCUACGCAGUGCCCGGACCAAGCUCCCAGUUUGGAAAUUACAUUGCCCAGCAAUUCCAUGAAACCCAAUACCGGACCAGCAAGAGUAUUCUGGGAAAUCAAAGAUCGCAAUGAGUCCCAUCAAAUAACAGGGCAAGGGCAAGAGCAAGAGGACACAAGCACAUUAGAUAGGCAUGCGCAAGAGUUGGCUGAGCUGCGUUUAGGAGUGGAGCAGGUGACAGAGCGCGAGCUGGAGAUGGCCAAGCGAUUAGAAGACUUCAUAGCUCUGAGCCAAGACCAGAAUACACAGCUACAGGCAGAGGUUCAGGACCUUCGUAAUCUGUUAGCCAUCCGUGAGGAACAGCUGGCCAGUGCAAGUUUCAGACUGGGCGUCAUAGAAGAGGAAAGGGAGGAAGACGAAAGAAAGCUGAAUGUCGCUGUGGCUGCAGUUGAACGCAUGAAUGUUUUGGAGGAACAGUUUGCUGGGUUGUUGAAAGAUGUGCACCAACUCUAUGCAGUUAACGCUGAUGGCAUAAGAAAGACGUACAUCAAUACCUGAUGUAACAUAGAAAGUACUGGUGUGGUGCGCUAAAUGAUGCCCCUUUGCAUUGCUAGUAGCCUUUGUCAGAUUUCUUUUAUUCAUUGGUAACAAUGCGCUUACAUAGCUACCUACCUGUAACAAAUAAACCAAAUCUUAUUAUCACUGCAAUAAUGAAAAAUUAACUGCAAUCACUGCAAAUUAAAAA